CUGAACACGACGCACUUCCACGUGCGCCGCGGCCGCAUCUACGGCCUCCUCGGCCACAACGGCUGCGGCAAGUCGACGCUCAUGCGCGCGAUCUCGUCGGGCCAGCUCGCGGGCUUCCCCGGCGCCGAGGAGCUCAUGAAGCUCCGCGCGUGCUUCGUCGACCACGACAUCGACGGCUCCGACGCGAACACGCCGACCAUCGACUUCUGCCUCCAGGAGCCCAUCCUCGCGCCGCUCGGCCGCGAGAAGAUCCACGCCAAGCUCCUCGAGAUGGAGUUCACGGAGGAGCUCAUCGAGAAGCCCAUCUGCAACCUGUCCGGCGGCUGGAAGAUGAAGCUCGCCCUCGCGCGCGCCGUCCUCCUCAACGCGGACCUCCUCCUCCUCGACGAGCCGACGAACCACCUCGACGUGCAGAAGCAGGCGUGGCUCUGCGACUUCCUCACGGGCCCGGCGUGCGAGCACGUCACGACGCUCGUCGUGUCGCACGACUCCAAGUUCCUCAACAAGGUGCUCACGGACGUCAUCCACUACGAGAACAUGCGCCUCAAGCGCUACACGGGCAACCUCGACCAGUUCGUCGAGAAGUGCCCCAUGGCCAAGGCCUACUUCUCGAUCCACGACACGGAGAUGAAGUUCACCUUCCCGGUGCCCGGCCCGCUCGAGGGCGUCAAGUCGAAGACGAAGGCCAUCAUCCAGGCCAAGAACAUCUCCUUCACGUACCCCGGCGCGAAGAAGCCGACGCUCUCGGACGUGUCGUGCCAGCUCUCGCAGGCGUCGCGCGUCGCGUGCAUCGGCCCCAACGGCGCGGGCAAGUCCACGCUCAUCAAGGCGCUCGUCGGCGAGACGAAGCCCGACGCGGGCUCCCCGGAGAUCUACCGCCACCAGAACUGCCGCGUCGCCUACGUCGCGCAGCACGCGUUCCACCACAUCGAGCAGCACCUCGAGAUGUCGCCCGUCGAGUACAUCCAGUGGCGCUUCUCCGGCGGCCUCGACAAGGAGCAGCAGGCCAUGGAGGCCGCGCAGAUGACCGACGAGGAGAAGGCCAAGCUCAAGCAGAACUUCGUCAACGGCAUCUUCCCCGACUGCGUGCGCCAGAUCAAGCAGCUCGUCGGCCGCCGCUCGCGCCACGGCGACUACGAGUACGAGGUCAAGUGGGCCAAGCAGGACGGCACGUCCAUGGAGGACAGCAAGAACCUCUACCUGCCCAAGGUCGUCCUCGAGUCCAACGGCUUCUUCAAGCUCAUGAAGGCCAUCGACGACAAGAUCGCCGCCGAGGCCGGCAACGUCAAGCCGCUCACGACGGGCUGCAUCCAGAAGCACCUCGACGACUUCGGCCUCAUGGAGGAGUUCGGCACCUACGGCAAGAUGAAGAACCUCUCCGGCGGCCAGAAGGUCAAGUGCGUCAUCGGCGCGUCCAUGUGGUUCUGCCCCCACCUCGUCAUCCUCGACGAGCCGACGAACUACCUCGACCGCGACUCGCUCGGCGCGCUCUCGCGCGCGAUCAAGGACUUCGAGGGCGGCGUGCUCAUGAUCUCGCACAACGCCGAGUUC